AUGUACCGAACAGAACCACGUACCGAACAGACCCACGUACCGAACAGAACCACGUACCGAACAGAACCACGUACCGAACAGACCCACGUACCGAACAGAACCACGUACCGAACAGAACCACGUACCGAACAGAACCACGUACCGAACAGAACCACGUACCGAACAGAACCACGUACCGAACAGCACCACGUACCGAACAGCACCACGUACCGAACAGCACCACGUACCGAACAGAACUACGUACCGAACAGAACCAUGUACCGAACAGAACCACGUACCGAACAGAACCACGUACCGAACAGAACCACGUACCGAACAGAACCACGUACCGAACAGAACCACGUACCGAACAGAACCAUGUACCGAACAGAACCACGUACCGAACAGAACUACGUACCGAACAGAACCAUGUACCGAACAGAACCACGUACCGAACAGACCCACGUUCCGAACAGAACCACGUACCGAACAGAACCACGUACCGAACAGACCCACGUACCGAACAGAACCACGUACCGAACAGAACUACGUACCGAACAGAACCACGUACCGAACAGAACCACGUACCGAACAGAACCACGUACCGAACAGAACUACGUACCGAACAGAACCAUGUACCGAACAGAACCACGUACCGAACAGACCCACGUACCGAACAGACCCACGUACCGAACAGACCCACGUACCGAACAGACCCACGUACCGAACAGACCCACGUACCGAACAGACCCACGUACCGAACAGACCCACGUACCGAACAGACCCACGUACCGAACAGACCCACGUACCGAACAGACCCACGUACCGAACAGACCCACGUACCGAACAGAACCACGUACCGAACAGAACCACGUACCGAACAGAACCACGUACCGAACAGAACCACGUACCGAACAGACCCACGUACCGAACAGAACCACGGACCGAACAGACCCACGUACCGAACAGAACCAUGAACCGAACAGACCCACGUACCGAACAGACCCACGUACCGAACAGAACCACGUACCGAACAGAACCACGUACCGAACAGAACCACGUACCGAACAGAACUACGUACCGAACAGACCCACGUACCGAACAGAACCACGUACCGAACAGACCCACGUACCGAACAGACCCACGUACCGAACAGAACCACGUACCGAACAGACCCACGUACCGAACAGAACCACGUACCGAACAGACCCACGUACCGAACAGAACCACGUACCGAACAGAACCACGUACCGAACAGAACCACGUACCGAACAGAACCACGUACCGAACAGACCCACGUGA